AAUCGGAGGCGACCCAAGAGAAAGGAGAAUGAGAUGGACGAGCAGGACCCAGAAGGACUUGGAAUAGGCAAGACGUCAAGGAAAAGUCCCCAUCCCGUGCAAGCAGGGAGUGGUGUUGAAUUCUGGGAAAGAGCUGUGCCAGAGAUCCUGGCUAAUGACACCAUGACCUCAGAUGUACAUUGUCAACGCUUCCAGCAGUUCUGCUAUCAGGAGGCUAAGGGCCCUCGAGAAGUUUGCAGCCAUCUCCAUCGACUUUGCAGCCAAUGGCUGAAGCCAGAGAAGCACUCUAAGAAGCAGAUGCUGGACCUGGUGAUCCUGGAGCAGUUCCUGGCCAUCCUGCCCCAGGAGAUGCAGCACUGGGUCAGAGGAUGUGGGCCGGAGACCAGUUCCCAGGCGGUGGCCCUGGCCGAAGGUUUCCUUCUAAGUCAAUCAGCGGAGAAGAGGCAGGCAGAGCAGGUGAGGGGAUUUCCUCCAGGUAUGUCCAAUUCAAUCAAUAAUAUUGGCCUUAUCCUGAAGUGUCCCUUCCAGACAUAUGUCCGGAUGUGGGGACCAUCUGUGAAGCUAGAACAAGUGUUCCCAGAGGCAGAAGAAGCUUCCUUGGAGCAAGGGGAGAGUGUGCAGGCCACGGAGCAUGCCCAAGAUGCCGUCUCUUGUGGCAGUGGAGAGAUUAUGUUCAGCCAUCAUCUUUUCAGAGGCAUGGAAGCAGCUGCUGCACCCCUAGCCCAGGUUAGUGAAUUCAGAAAGGAACAACUGGGGUCUCGCCCUCUGUUCUCAGGGAGGCUUUUCCUCCUGCAGUUCCUUCAAGAUGCCCAGGUUCAGGAGUGUAUAGAAUGGAUCCUGUACAACCUUUAG